AUGUUGCAAACCAGAUCGCAGCGGGUAUCGAACGAGAGGCCCAGGGCGGGCGCCUCUGCGGUAGUCAGCAGACCGAACGAAAAUCGAGACAGACUGCAGACGUUCUUCAACUCGGCGAUGGAACGCCUCUUGAAGAAGCUGUGCGCCGCACAGGGGACGCCAACAAUGCCCCGGGUGAGAAGAACGGAGCUGCAGGACGUCGACAUGGAGUCGGUAGAGUCUGACCACGAAGGAUACGACCCGGACGAUCUGGAUCUCCCCGUCUCCCGUCAAGCGACGGUAGCCACUGCUGCUACAACAACUGGAUUACCAGCGAUCACCCCUCGCAUUCGUGUGUCUGCUAUACCGGAACUCAAGGGGUUCUCGGGGAAGGAUGACGACGAGGAUCGCGCCCGGGCCUGGAUCGGCAAGAAAAAAGACCUGGCGACAGGCAAAGCCCCUACGCGCGCGGGACGACAUUGUACGGGAAAUACUUCGUUACCGGUUCGUUGGGCCGUGGAUUAG